GUGCCGGCAGUCGGGCCGCGCUCGAGGAAACGAGUCCGCGCGAGGCAGAACAAGUUCGCGGAGCGCAUCCGAGCGAUCCAAUUGUUCGAGCGGCGCAGGAGCGGAAGGAGGGAUCGCGAGGGGCGCUGUGAUGGAGCAGGGGCUGGAGUGCCGAGGGUGGUGGCAGAGGUUGGAAUUUGUUGCGGCCGUGGCGAGCUUGGCCGUGGCCUCGGUCUUGCUGUGGAGACUGAAAUCCGGUGACACUUCGCGGAGGAAGCUGAGCGCGAAGGUGGUGGAUGCGAGGCUCGAGGUGCCCACGGGCGACGAGCCUCGGGUCGAUGCCAUCAUUGUGGGAGCGGGAGUGGCCGGGGCGGCCUUAGCGUACACUCUGGGUAAGGAUGGGAGGAGAGUGCUGGUUUUGGAACGGGAUUUGAACGAGCCGGAUCGGAUUGUGGGCGAGCUGCUGCAACCGGGAGGGUAUUUGAAGCUGGUGAGUCUAGGUCUGGCCGAUUGUGUCGAUGGGAUCGACGCGCAAAAGGUUUUCGGGUAUGCGCUCUUCAAGGAUGGGCGAUCGGCCAAGGUGGGGUAUCCGCUGGAAGGAUUUUCGGAUGAUGUUGCCGGGCGCAGUUUUCACAACGGACGCUUUAUUCAGAAAUUGCGCGAGAAGGCCGCCUCGCUCGCCACUGUCACGCUGAAGCAGGCAACUGUUCUUGGCUUGAUCGAAGAGAAUGGAACGGUCACUGGAGUGCGCUUCAAGGGUCCCGACGGGAGCCAGAUUCAGGUCCAUGCACCUCUGACCUUCGUCUGCGACGGAUGUUUCUCGAAUUUGAGGCGAAACCUUUGCGAUCCUCAGGUCGAGGUUCCAUCGUGCUUCGUGGGCUUGGUGCUUGAAGAUUGCGUGCUGCCUCACACGAGUCACGGGCAUGUGGUGCUCGCGGAUCCAUCCCCUAUCUUGUUCUACCCCAUUAGUAGCACGGAGGUACGGUGUCUAGUUGAUUUCCCGGGCCAAAAGGUUCCCACCAUUGCAAAUGGCGAUAUGGCCAAAUAUCUCCUCACGCACGUCGCACCUCAGUUACCCGCGCAACUCAAGCAGCCUUUCAUCAAUGCUGUGGAAAAGGGUAAUAUCCGAUCUAUGCCGAACAAGAGUAUGCCCGCUCACCCGCGACCAACUCCUGGAGCAUUACUUAUGGGAGACGCGUUCAACAUGCGACAUCCCCUCACCGGAGGCGGUAUGACCGUCGCGCUGUCGGAUAUCCUAGUGUUGCAGGAAAUGCUGAAGCCUCUGCAUGACUUCCAAGAUCCCUCGGCCCUGUGCGAUUACCUGCAAGCGUUUUACACCCGUCGUAAGCCAGUUGCGUCGACUAUCAAUACCCUGGCCGGGGCUCUGUACAGAGUGUUUUGCGCUUCACCGGAUGAGGCCAUGAAGGAAAUGAGGCAGGCAUGCUUCGAUUAUUUGAGCCUGGGAGGGGUUUUCUCCUCUGGCCCGGUGGCUCUUCUAUCGGGACUCAACCCCCGGCCCUUGAGUUUGGUCACGCACUUCUUCGCGGUCGCCCUCUACGGUGUCGGCCGACUGAUGCUUCCAUUUCCUUCGAUCAAAAGUAUGUGGAUUUCGGCGCGGCUAAUUCAGGGAGCGUCGAUGAUCAUCUUUCCAAUCAUCAAAGCCGAGGGAGUUUUGCAAAUGUUUUUCCCCAGAAUGGUUCCUACUUAUCACAGAUCACCUCCCAAAGAAUAGUGCUGGCGGUACUUAGUGGGGAGCAAGAACGUGUAAUUCUUUUUUUUUGGUAGUUUCGGCAGUGGUUCACGUGGAAGAAUACGCAUACGAGUGCAGGAAAUUAUGUUAGUCAUCAGUUCCGCAGGGUGGACAUGUAACUGUAAAGUUGCCUGGUAGAGAGUUAUUAAUCUGUCAAAAACUUUAAGCACAUUCUCCUGGAGGCUUUUCCCACGUUUCAGGGAGCUACGCGCGGUGGAACAAAAGCACCCUUUAGUACUUCCCAUCGACUAGUCCACGAGAACGGCAGAUCGGGAUUGCCGUGGUUUGACUUGUGGACAACAUUGCCGUGGUUGGACUCGGGACUACACGAAAUUCGGCAGAGAUGUCAUAGUUCAAUGUCGAGGAGGUUUCUCGCCUGUUGAUCACGCUUAAGAAGUCACGGAAGAGGUGACACAUAAGCCUUUACACUGAAAUGCUAUGAUGUCGUAUGAUGUAGGAGCUAACUGUGUGUUCACAUCGAUGUUUCUUGGUGAUCCGUCUGGAUUGGAUUUCUGCUCAAGUGUGAAGGCCUUUCCAUGUGUAAUUUUGUCGAUUUGUAUCAGUGAAGCGGAAGACUUGUCGAGAAGCAGGUUUUUUUCUGAUACUAAAGCGAAAGCUUUAUGCUCUGUACAUGUUUCGAUAUUGUGGACUGAAAUCAACCUAUCCACUUUCCUCUGAAUGAAUUUGUCGAUUGUCAUAAACACGAGCUCGUCAGAGGAUUCUUAUUCGUUUUGUUUCCAUCCGC